CUUGAGUUCCCCUUCCGCCCGCCCGCCCGCCCGCCACCAUCAACGACGACGACGACGAUGCCUGAUACGAAGCCCACCAAGCACAACUUCCCAGCGAGCGUCCCCAUGAUGCCGGCAUCGGCCCCAACGACCCCAGCGUACUCCCUCUCCAAGGCCUCCGCCGCCAGGUCCAAGGACAAUGGCCCCCCUCCGGUUACCCCGCAACGACUUCCGCGCUCUCAAAGGCAUCAGCACCAACUUCAGAACUAUGUGGGGCGAUCACCCAGCACGACCGUCUCGACGCCCUACACACCGCUCAGUCUGCGAUCUGCAUGGUCUUCUGGCUCAAACUCAGUCUAUACCACGCCCGCCUCUGCUGCGAGCCGGAAAAGACUCGGGGCCUCGCUUUCCCCCGAGAACCUCUCAAUGGAUGAGAGCAUAAGCCCGGCGGACGUCGCCAAUGACUGGCGUUGCCGUUCAAGCGAGAGCGGCAUCAAGGAUGAUUUUGCUUCAGAGAACGGUAGUUUCGACCAAGUAGUCCUCCUCGCCCCUCCUUUCUUCCAUGCUCAUACCGCUCCCCGCCGCCCGAGGGCCCAUACAUUGGCUCAGCCCCAGCCCGAAUCUCCGAUGUCUCCAGAAAUGAAUGUGCAACCACAAACUCCGGCUCGAAAGACUCUGGCGAGUCUCAAUACCCCACCUCCUCAAGCAUCUAAUAUUAGCCGCCUCAAAGCCAAGGGUAGCGCUAGCGACCCGGCUUAUCCCCGCCGUCGCCCUACCUUCGGCCAGACCCCGACAAGACUCUUCGACAUCGACGAGAACGACUAUGUCCCAUAUCCUAUGGCGUUUUCUCCUUCUCAUCCUUCCACAUCACCCUUCGCAUUGCACGACCCAUACGAGGCACCCCGUCUUCCAAGUAUCGCAGAGUCUCUUCAACAGGCUGCCCGGUCAAUCCGCACCUCCGGACGAGACGAUAGCCCACCUCGAUCCAAGUCAACGUCGUGUUCCGUUUGCGGCUUGUCUUCCCCAUCCCUUGCUAUCUUGGAGCCAUGUUCCCAUGUCCUCUGUUCCGGCUGUCUGACUAGCGCACUCAAUAUCGUGGGCGAAAAGGACAUGGCAUGUGCGGUCUGCGACACCGGCGUCGCCAAUUUCCAUCUCAAAAACGUGGGUGGCGGCCUGACGGAGAAGUCGCACAGACGGGCCUCUUCAGGAUCGAUAGCCAAGGAUCUCGAUGGUCUCACGAACCAGUUUAGCGUCUUCGACAUUGAGGGUCCCUGUCUCUCGGCGCAGAGUGGUGGAAACAAGCAGCACUCCAACAGGCCCGGCGAAUACCCUGUACUUCGAGUCGACAAUGUUCCUUGGGACAUCACUCCGCCCGCUAUCGUCGCUUGGCUUCGUCACCCUGUUCGCUUGGUCCACGUACUCCUAGACCGCAAGGGCAAGACCAUGAGCCAUGCUUUUGUUGAGAUGAUGGACGAAGACGCGGCCCGAGCUGCACUCCGCACUGCCCAGAACUCUGUUCUCGGGAAGGGUAAACGUGCUCGCGGGGUCACAGUCACCAGAAGUAGCCAGGAGGAAGUGAUGAAGGCUCUAUUUCCGUCCUGGAGGGGUCGGUUCGAUGGCACGAGGCCUUCGCUUGCUGGCCUGGGUAACGAGAUGGUGGUGUCGACGCUUGAGGCCGGGCUAAUCACUGAGGGCGAACUCAAGGCGCUGGCACAUCUCAUCAGGGCGCCGGACUCCCAUUUCCUCAAGGUUCCCUCAUUACCUUUCCACUGCUUGAUCAGUAUACUGUCCAAGUUCCCUGUCGAUCUUGACAGUCAAGUAUUCUGGUCCAAACCCGUGCGCGAUGUUCUUUAUGAUCUUACGUUUAUUGCGAUACAAACCUUAUUAAAACGCUGCGAAGAUACCCCUGGCUUCUGCGAGCCUGAUCUUCCUAUGCGCCUUCUUCAAACUGCUUCGAACUGCCAAGCUUUUACCGGCGAUCAGAUGGCGAAACUGGGAAGCUUCGUGAACCCUUCUCCUACACCUUCGACAUACAUGCGCGACUCCCCGACAUCUACCAACAGCGCCCUCAGUGAUGCCUUCAAUCCGGAUUUCGCAUCACAAAUUCAGAUGCUUGCCCAACAACAGCAACAGCUCCUUGACGCCGACUACCAUCGAGCUGCUAUGCAAGCUCAUCUCCAGCAAGGCAUGGGUUUGACGCAUGCGCUCCCGUUUGACGCCGUCGCCCGUGAGUUCGGUGUCGACCGUCAUGUCGUCGAGGCCAUGGUGCAGAGAUUGACCGGCAUGUGUUGAGCAUCUUGUAACAUUGUUACGCUCCAGCCUGGUGGUGGCAGCGGCAUUAUGUGAUUCAUGGUCUCUAGGCCUUUUGUCUAUCUUCUCUUUACGAUGACGCGUGCGCUUGCGCCGCUUUUAUGACUUUAGAUGACUUUCUGUUUUCCGGUCUUCCUCGUCUUCUUUUUCGGUUGCAUGCCCCUCGUGUUUUUCGCAUGAAUAGUUUCGUUCCGUUUGCACUCGGUCUGAUUUUAUCGUCGUCCUCACCGUUCUCGCAGUGUUUUCUUGGUCGGAGUCCCAUUUUCAAAAGCAUUCCCUCCACCCGCACCUACCCUCCUCCAUGUUUUUGUACGUCGUCGUCAGUGAGCAUCACAUUUUCCAUUUUCCCUUCGUUGUCGGCGGCGGCGUAGCCUUUCAGUAUUGUACGCAGAUCAACCCUUUCAGACUUUCACUCGCUCAUGCUCUCCACCUUGCUAUCCCACCGUCGUUGCUGCUUUCCUCCUGCCGCCGUACGCCCUUCCAUUGCCGCUUAUAUCCGUCCAUGUCGCCAUUCAUCUAUCCAUCGUGUGCCUCUACCUCGUCAUCAUCGCCGUUAUCGUCAUACUCGCC